AUGGACGAGCUGCCCCUGUGCGGCCGCUCGCCGCCCAGCUCGCUGCUGGACAGCGGGUCGCUGAGCUCCCUAGACUCCAGCGUGUUCUGCAGCGAGGGCGAAGGCGAGCCCCUGGCGCUCGGGGACUGCUUCACGGUCAACGUGGGCGGCAGCCGCUUCGUGCUCUCGCAGCAGGCGCUGUCCUGCUUCCCGCACACGCGCCUGGGCAAGCUGGCCGUGGUGGUGGCCUCCUACCGCCGCCUGGGAGCCCUGGCCGCGGCGCCCAGCCCCCUGGAGCUGUGCGACGACGCCAACCCGGUGGACAACGAGUACUUCUUCGACCGCAGCUCGCAGGCUUUCCGCUACGUCCUGCACUACUACCGCACCGGCCGCCUGCACGUGAUGGAGCAGCUGUGUGCGCUCUCCUUCCUCCAGGAGAUCCAGUACUGGGGCAUCGACGAACUCAGCAUUGACUCCUGCUGCAGGGACAGAUACUUUCGAAGAAAGGAGCUGAGUGAAACACUAGACUUUAAGAAGGACACAGACGACCAAGAAAGCCAACAUGAGAGCGAACAGGAUUUCUCUCAAGGACCUUGUCCCACUGUCCGCCAGAAGCUCUGGGAUGUCCUGGAGAAACCUGGCUCUUCCACAGCUGCACGAAUCUUUGGGGUCAUCUCCAUCAUCUUUGUGGCCGUGUCCAUAGUCAACAUGGCCCUGAUGUCAGCUGAGUUAAGCUGGCUGAACUUGCAGCUGUUGGAAAUCCUGGAAUAUGUGUGCAUUAGCUGGUUCACCGGGGAGUUCGUCCUGCGCUUUCUUUGUGUGCGGGACAGGUGCCGCUUCCUGAGAAAGGUGCCUAACAUCAUAGACCUCCUCGCUAUCCUGCCCUUCUACAUCACGCUUCUGGUGGAGAGCCUCAGCGGAAGCCACACCACACAGGAGCUGGAAAACGUGGGGCGCCUUGUCCAGGUUUUGAGGCUGCUCAGAGCUCUGCGCAUGCUCAAGCUGGGCCGGCACUCAACAGGAUUACGCUCACUUGGGAUGACGAUCACCCAGUGCUAUGAAGAAGUUGGCUUACUACUCCUAUUUCUAUCUGUGGGGAUUUCUAUAUUUUCAACUAUAGAAUAUUUUGCAGAGCAAAGCAUUCCUGAUACAACCUUCACAAGCGUCCCUUGUGCAUGGUGGUGGGCCACAACGUCCAUGACUACCGUAGGAUAUGGGGACAUUAGACCAGACACUACCACAGGCAAAAUUGUGGCCUUCAUGUGUAUAUUAUCAGGAAUCCUUGUCUUGGCCUUGCCUAUUGCUAUUAUUAAUGAUCGAUUCUCUGCUUGCUACUUCACCUUGAAACUCAAGGAGGCAGCUGUUAGACAGCGUGAAGCUCUGAAGAAGCUCACCAAGAAUAUAGCCACUGACUCAUAUAUCAGCGUUAAUCUGAGAGAUGUCUAUGCGCGGAGUAUUAUGGAGAUGCUUCGAUUAAAAGGCAGAGAACGAGCAAGCACUAGGAGUAGUGGGGGAGAUGAUUUCUGGUUUUAAGCCACCUGCAAUUUAUUUGCUGUGUGCAAUUAACUGGAUUGAUAAUGUCUCGGUGUGUAUGGAUGUCUGUAAACCACUGAGGAGUCUCCUGGGUGCCACUUAUCUUAAGUCUUGCUGAUGCAUUCCUUUGUUGCUAGAAUAUUUCACAUCUCCCAUGGCAACUACACAUAUUGUUUAGACACACUGGAAUCUCAAAAAUAGCUAAUGAACACCACAACCCAAAGCAAUUGAGAUAAUGCACAGCUAUCUGAAAUUGUCAAGUAUAAAAUAUCACAAUACAUACAUCAAA